AUGUCGCAACAAAUCAUCCACGCAUACCGCCAUCUCCUCCGGACAUCGCUCCAAGCAAUCCGCUACGCAAAACCCGCCCGCUACACACUGCAAUCACACCUCCGCUCAUCCUUCCGCAACCCCACAUCUUCAUUCAGCCCUCAGCAAAUAUCACAGACGCUACAGUUUUUGGACAAUGCUGCAAUGUACAAAGGCCUUGAAGACAAGAUUGUGAGGAAUCUGCUGUACGUUUGGGGUACUAGGCAUAAGGAUGUACCCGGUCUGUUGCGACGUGAUAAGAGGGCCAUGAGGUUGAGGCAUGACGCCUAUGAAAAGUUCGAUGAUCAAGUCAAAAUGCUCCAACGCUCUUUGGGCAUACGACUCGGAUGA